AUGACCGAUUCUGCUCAAGACGUAAUAGCGGAACAGGAGCUUGAUGGGCCUCCAAAAAAACGUCGAGUUUUGAAGACACACCGUUCAAAUCUUAAAUUUCAACAAGAUCCUGACGAUGAAGUAAUCACUACAGAGAGCCUUAAAGAUAUACUGGAUAUUUCCAAAUUACCUCAACCAUCGGACGAUUCUACAGAAAAAUUAGAACAUGACAAGAAUGAAUCAAAUAACAAGGGCAAGCAAUCACAAGAAGGGCCUCCACCUUCUGAGCAUGAACCCACUUCGACACUUUACAUCAAAAACUUUGUUCGUCCUUUAACAUUAACUGCUGUUCGUACACUUUUGGAACAAUUUGGUACAAUAGAGUAUUUUUGGAUGAAUAAGAUUAAAUCCCAUUGUUAUGUAAAGUACGAAACAGUUGAUUCUGCAGUUAAAACUCGAAAUGAAAUGUGGAAUGUCAAAUGGCCGCCAGAGACCGGAAGAUUAUUAAUACUCGACUUUAUAAACUACGAACAGGCUCUCGAAUCUAUUCAGAAAGAAGAAGCCAAUGAAAAUUCAGAUCGAUCGCAGGCUAUAAAAUCAAGUUCUAAUGGAAAUCAGCAAUCCUCUCAGCAAAACGUUUCACAUCUAUCGUUGGACAAAUUAUUCAGCAAGACGACUACCAUCCCUGUUCUAUAUUUCAAACUAGUAUCGCGUGAGGCAGCUGAGACCAGAAUGCAAAAUAUGGCGAGAAAGAGAGAAAGACGCUAA